GCCUCGGCUCCUCGCAGUUUCCUCUCCUUGUUUUGCUUUCGAUCUGGACUGUUCUCAGGCAAGCCGGGGACUAACUUUUAGUUUUGCUCCUGCGAUUAUUCAACUGACGGGCUUUCAUUUCCAUUUCAUACACCUUAACAACACUCACACCUUGCGGGAUUGUAUUGGUAGCGUGAAAAAAAAAAGCACACUGAGAGACGGAAAAUGCCGGGGUUCAUAAAUAUUAAUACCGAUUUUUGGAGGAAGAGUCGGCGCAGUUAUGGAUCAUCUGAUUUUAGGGGAAGCAGGGGUCUGCUGCUGUUGCCGCUGAUGCGAAGAGGUGGUUCCAUGGACACAGAUCUGCUCUGUGUGAUUCUGCGCUCCAGGUGUCGUGCGUUGUGGGUACAGGGUACCAUGCCGGUGGAACGGAUGCGAAUGCGCCCGUGGCUGGAGGAGCAGAUAAACUCAAAUACGAUACCAGGGCUAAAGUGGUUGAACAAGGAGAAGAAGAUUUUCCAGAUCCCCUGGAUGCAUGCAGCUAGGCACGGGUGGGAUGUGGAAAAGGAUGCUCCACUCUUCAGAAACUGGGCCAUCCAUACAGGAAAGCAUCAACCAGGAGUAGAUAAACCAGAUCCAAAAACAUGGAAAGCAAAUUUUCGAUGUGCCAUGAAUUCCUUGCCUGACAUUGAGGAGGUGAAGGACAGAAGCAUAAAGAAAGGAAACAACGCCUUCAGAGUCUACCGGAUGCUGCCCUUAUCUGAACGGCCUUCCAAGAAAGGAAAGAAACCAAAGACAGAAAAAGAAGAGAGAGUUAAGCACAUCAAGCAAGAACCAGUUGAGUCAUCUUUGGGGCUUAGUAAUGGAGUGAGUGGCUUUUCUCCUGAGUAUGCGGUCCUGACUUCAGCUAUAAAAAAUGAAGUGGAUAGUACGGUGAACAUCAUAGUUGUAGGACAGUCCCAUCUGGACAGCAACAUCGAAGAUCAAGAGAUCGUCACUAACCCACCAGACAUCUGUCAGGUUGUAGAAGUGACCACUGAGAGUGAUGACCAGCCAGUCAGCAUGAGUGAACUCUACCCUUUACAGAUUUCUCCUGUGUCUUCCUAUGCAGCAGAGUACUCCGUGGGAUCCCAGGCUGUAGUCUCAUUUGACUGUCAAAGGACCUGCCAGAGAGAAAGCGAAACUACCGACAGUGUGCCCAGUGAUGAGGAAAAUGCAGAGGGGAGACCACACUGGCGGAAGAGAAACGUCGAAGGCAAGCAGUACCUCAGCAACAUGGGGACACGAAACACGUAUCUGCUGCCCAGCAUGGCAACCUUCGUCACUUCCAACAAGCCAGAUCUGCAAGUCACCAUCAAAGAGGAGAGCUGUCCGAUGCCUUACAACAGCUCCUGGCCCCCAUUUACAGACAUCUCCCUUCCUGCCCCAGUGACCCCCACGUCCAGCAGCAGUCGGCCAGACCGGGAGACCCGGGCCAGCGUCAUCAAGAAGACAUCUGAUAUCACCCAGGCCCGUGUCAAGAGCUGUUAAGCCUUUGACUCUUCCUGGUGGUUGUUGGGUUUUCUUAGCUUUGUGUUGUUAUUUGUUUGUAUUUUAUUUUUUUCCCUCUAUGAUACCUAUCUUAGACAAAUCUAAGGGGAAAAGCCUUGACAAUAGAAUAUUGAUUGCUGUGUCCGACUCCAGAGCUGGAACGUCUUCUUAACUCAGGACUCCAGCCCCCCUCCCCCCUCGGUAGAUGCGUAUUUCUAGAACCUGCUGGAUCUGCCAGGGCUACUCCCUCAAGUUUCAAGGACCAACAGCCACACGGGCAGUGGAGGUGCUGCGUUGCCUACAGUCAAGGCCAGCAUGGUGGAGUGGAUGCCUCGGAACGGAGGAGAAAAUGUGAACUAGCUGGAAUUUUUUAUUCUUGUGAAUAUGUACAUAGGGCAGUAUGAGCUGUGUCGCGGUCUGCUUCUGCACCUUAUCUUGAAGCACUUACAGUAGGCCUUCUUGUAAUCUUGCUCUCUUCACGGCACACUUGGCAUCCCCUUCUGUGUCUAUUACCCCACGACCCACCCCUCCAUCCUAGCCCUGCACUCACCCC